CUUAUAGUUGACCUGACCGCUCCGCACCUCUCCCCUCCCCUCCCCUCCUCACCUUUUCUCCGUUUUCACUUCUGCAGAAUCCAACGGAGAAAACCAUAUUCUGCAACCAACAUGAAUGAGCUUUUAAUCUUCCUCAUUUUCGCGGUUUUGAUUGCUUCCUCUGUGACCCAUGUGAGCUCUGACGCCUCCGAUCACCGCUACAAGGAAGGCGACCAUGUUCCCCUCUAUGCCAAUAAAGUUGGCCCCUUUCACAACCCCAGUGAAACAUAUCGCUAUUUCGAUCUGCCUUUCUGUGUACCAGAUCACGUCAAAGAGAAAAAAGAAGCUCUUGGUGAGGUGUUGAAUGGAGACCGGCUGGUCAGUGCUCUUUACAAACUCAACUUCAGAGAUGAGAAGACAUCAGCAGUUGUUUGUAAGAAGACGCUUACAAAGGAAGAAGUUGCUCGGUUCAGAUCUGCAAUUGACAAAGACUAUUACUUUCAAAUGUACUAUGAUGAUCUGCCCAUCUGGGGUUUCAUAGGAAAGGUUGACAAAGAAGGCAAGGCUGAUCCGAGUGAGUACAAAUACUUGCUUUACAAGCAUAUUCAAUUUGAUGUUCUGUACAAUAAGGACCGUGUGAUUGAAGUUAGUGUCCGGAUGGAUCCACAUUCGCUGCUGGAUCUGACUGAGGAAAAGGAAGUUGAUGCGGAGUUCCUUUAUACUGUGAAGUGGAAGGAAACAGAUACUCCCUUUGAGAAGAGAAUGGAGAAGUACUCAUUGUCUUCUUCAUUGCCGCAUCACUUGGAAAUUCAUUGGUUCUCUAUUAUAAACUCGUGUGUGACAGUUCUUCUAUUAACCGGUUUUCUGGCAACAAUUCUCAUGCGGGUCUUGAAAAAUGAUUUCGUGAAGUAUGCACAAGAUGAGGAAGCAGCUGAUGAUCAGGAAGAGACUGGAUGGAAGUACAUCCACGGUGAUGUCUUUAGAUACCCAAAAUACAAAUCAUUAUUUGCUGCAGCCCUUGGGUCUGGGACCCAGCUAUUUACUCUCACUGUGUUCAUUUUUGUUCUUGCACUUGUUGGUGUAUUUUAUCCAUAUAACCGAGGAGCUCUAUUUACUGCACUGGUAGUCAUAUAUGCACUAACAUCUGGAAUUGCCGGAUAUACAGCAAGCUCUUUCUAUUGCCAGCUGGAAGGAAAUAAUUGGGUGAGGAAUCUUUUGUUGACAGGAUGCCUUUUCUGUGGGCCUCUAUUCAUCACAUUCUGCUUCCUUAACACUGUAGCCAUUGUUUACAGUGCUACUGCAGCAUUGCCUUUUGGCACUAUUGUAGUAAUAGUCCUCAUAUGGACAUUAGUAACAUCCCCGUUGCUUGUCUUGGGUGGCAUUGCUGGGAAAAACAGCAAGGCUGAGUUUCAAGCUCCUUGCCGUACCACAAAAUAUCCUCGAGAGAUCCCACAAUUGCCUUGGUACAGGAGUGCUCUUCCUCAGAUGGCAAUGGCUGGUUUUCUGCCUUUUAGUGCCAUUUACAUUGAGCUUUACUACAUUUUUGCAAGUGUUUGGGGCCACAGGAUUUAUACUAUUUACAGCAUCCUGUUUAUUGUUUUCAUUAUUCUUCUGAUUGUCACUGCAUUCAUAACUGUGGCAUUGACAUACUUCCAACUUGCUGCUGAAGAUCAUGAAUGGUGGUGGAGAUCUUUUCUCUGUGGUGGUUCAACUGGUCUGUUUAUCUAUGCUUAUUGCUUGUACUACUACCAUGCGCGCUCUGAUAUGUCUGGCUUCAUGCAAACCUCUUUCUUCUUUGGGUACAUGGCCUGCAUAUGCUAUGGCUUCUUUCUCAUGCUCGGGACAGUGGGUUUCCGUGCCUCGCUGUUCUUUAUUCGUCACAUAUACAGGUCGAUUAAGUGCGAGUAGUAUUCCAGUUCUUCCUCAUUUGUUUCCAUACACAGGUCCAUUUUUGUUAGAAGCUAGGCAGGAAGACUUAAAUUGGCUAUCUGAAGAGAAUGAAGGAAACUAAAACCUCAGCCAUGGCAGCAUAAGAACCUUAUGAGAAGUGUGGGGUUUAUUGACACAUAUAAAGAGUUAAAAAUUCUUGUACUGUUUCAUAUACCAUAAAGUUUGUAAGAGUAACAUCAUCCCUCUUUGUGCUUUUGAAAGUAUAUUUAAUUUUUCGGUUUAGCUCUUCUUCAUGUAAAAUACAGAAUGAACUGUUCACCAAGUUUCUAAUGUGAUCAUUCCAGAAUA